AUGAAUUCACUACACAGAUCAGUCGGAUUGUUUCUGAUAUGCUGGAUUAGAUCAUGCGUGGGUGAAAUGUAUAUUCUGGAUGACAGGAUCGGGCUGGGCAGGAGGUUUGAUGGUAUAGGAGGUUUAAGUGGAGGAGGGGCCACUUCUAGACUUCUCAUCAACUAUAAAGAGCUGUACAGGAGUCAGAUCCUGGAUUACCUGUUCAAGCCCAACUUUGGAGCUUCACUACAAAUUCUGAAAGUGGAAAUAGGCGGUGAUUCCCAAACCACAGAUGGCACCGAACCAUCACACAUGCACAAUGAGCAGGAUGAGAAUGACUUCCGUGGCUACGAGUGGUGGCUCAUGAAAGAGGCCAAGAAGAGGAACCCCAGCAUCACGCUCAUUGGUCUCCCGUGGGCGUUUCCUGGAUGGAUUGGUCAAGGGAGCAACUCGCCAUACAAGUUUCCAAAUAUUACAGCAAACUAUGUCGUGUCUUGGGUGAUGGGAGCCAAGCAAUAUCACAACCUUGAUAUCGAUUACAUUGGGGUGUGGAAUGAAAGGGAAUUUGAUGCAAAGUACAUCAGGGUACUGCGAGACACUUUAGACAGUGCUGGUUUGACAGACAUUGGCAUUAUCGCAGCGGAUGGUAACUGGGACAUUUCAAACGCCAUGCUCGUUGAUCCAUAUCUCAAUGAUGCAGUUGAAGUGAUUGGUGUUCACUACCCUGGCACCAUGACAGUAAAGGAGGCCCUGAUGUCAGGGAAGAAGCUUUGGUCCUCUGAGGAUUACAGCACAUUUAAUAAUGACAUCGGUGCAGGAUGCUGGGCUCGUAUACUUAACCAGAACUAUGUCAACGGCCGGAUGACCUCGACUAUUUCAUGGAAUCUAAUAGCAAGUUAUUAUGAGGAUCUGUCUUUUGGUGGAGACGGCUUGAUGACUGCAGAGGAACCAUGGAGUGGACAUUACGUGGUGGAAAGCCCAGUAUGGAUAACUGCUCAUACGACUCAGUUUGCACAGCCUGGUUGGACAUAUCUCCAGACAGUGGGACACCUCAGCCAUGGAGGAAGUUAUGUAGCAUUAACAGAUGGACAAGGGAACCUCACAGUCAUCAUAGAAACCAUGACUCAUAAUCACUCGCAGUGCAUUCGGCCUGCGUUGCCGCCUUUCAACGUUUCUGCUCAGACGGCAACAUUUCAGCUCAAAGGCUCUUUUGCUGCAAUCACUAAGCUUCAGGUGUGGUACUCAAAACUGGAUUUCCAGACCAAGAAGGAUGUACUCUUUAAAAAUAGUGAUCCCAUAAAGGUUUCUAAUGGAUAUUUCACUUUGAAACUGGAUGUCGAUGAAGUCUACACCAUCACGACAGUCACCAGUGGAAAUAAGGGUCUUCACCCUGAUCCUCCAGCAUCCGCUCCAUUCCCAAAGAAUUACUCAGAUGACUUCAAAGUUCGUAACCCUCCCUUCUCAGAAGCGCCAUAUUUUGCUGAUCAGUCCGGAGUGUUCGAGUACUUCACAAACCUGUCCGAUCCAGGGCCGCAUGUCUACACCUUACGUCAGGUGGUCACACAGCAACCUGUAUCCUGGGGUUAUGACGCCGACCAGACCAUCAGCAUCAUUGGAGACUACAGCUGGCAGAACUUCACAGUGUCCUCCGACAUCUACAUAGAGUCUGAGAACGGAGGUGUUUUUAUAGCAGCCAGGGUGGACAAAGGAGGAGAAGAGGUCCGACAGGCCCUGGGUGUCUUUUACUGGGUUUUUGCAAAUGGCACAUACAAAGUGACCAAUGAUAUAUGUGGGAAGAAAGUUCUAGCUGAAGGAUUGUCGGGGACAAGACCGGGUGUAUGGCACACCCUGACUCUUACAGUACAGGGUAAUUUUGCCAACGGGAUGCUGAAUGGUUAUCCUCUGUGGAAGAACGCUGUUGUUCUUCAACCCAAGAACGGCUGGGCUGCAAUCGGCACGUUUACAUUAGAACAUGCACAGUUUGAUAAUUUUAUAAUAAACGCAGCCUGAUUGCGAUUGCAUUUAAAUACUGAGAUUAUCUUAACUUGAAUACUAUCGUAUUUUAUUAGUGUGUAGGGAAAAAUGGUGUAUAUGAUUCUUUACUUGAAUUGAGAGUGAAAUGCUUUUCUAUUUUCAGAAGUUUUUAAGAACUAUAAUUAAACUGUGAAAUCACUGUGAAAUCUAAUGUACAAACCGAGUUCUAAAGAAGUUGGGACAGUAGAAAAUAUGUAAAUA